AUGGGCGAGGUCUCAGAUGCCAUGUCUGAGAACGAGAACGAGUACGACGAGAACGGCACAAUUCACAAAGACGACGACGACACAAUGGGUGAUUUGAAGACAGAAGGUGCAGAUGGCACCGAAGAGGUCAAGAAGAAGUAUGACCCCAAAGACCCUCUCCGGCCACGUAGGAAAAAGGCUCGGAGAGCCUGCUUUGCUUGCCAGAGAGCUCAUUUGACCUGUGGCGAUGAACGCCCUUGUCAGAGAUGCAUCAAACGUGGUCUCGCCGACGCUUGUCAAGACGGCGUCAGGAAGAAGGCCAAGUAUCUUCAUGAUGCGCCUCCUGAAGCCCUGCGCCCGGUGCUGGGCCCAAACUACAAUCCGACACCGACCCCAACCCGGCCUAAUGGACACCGGCAUCCAUCGAAUUCUGGCUCAGAGGCUUCGUCUACUGUAGGCACCUACUUCUCACAGGGCAACACGUCUUCGGCGUUUCCCGUCUUUUCCUCGACACAAACACCCAUGACCACACUACCGGACAUGCCAUUUGCCGGGCAGCAGUCGCCGGUGUCGCCGUCGUUCGGGGCCCCCAGUACCUCACAGAUGGGAUCUAUCUCAUUACCACAGGCGGCAAGCGAUCUGUCCAACUUUACGCCCGCCUGGGACCCCAGUAACCCGGCGUUCUUCAACUUCAACCUCGACGGCCUGAACUUUGGAAGUCAAUAUGCUGCUAUGGAGUUUAGCAUGCUCCAACAUAUGUCCGGGAACACGGGGGAAACGCCACCUCGAGAUCCUUCGAUAUCUCAGGCGUCUGUCGGAGAUGUGGGCUUCAAUUCUGCUAAUGUUUUUGGUAACGGGCUCAACCAACAAGUGUAUGAUACGGGUAUGCUUAACGACUUCCUCGGUCUGGACCAAUCGUCAAACGGGCCAUACUCGCAAGGAAACCUUCAGCACGGGCUUCCUCACGCUUACGCCAUUGCAGCAGGUCCAACAAGCCUCCAGAGCCCUAGCACUGAGAACAAUAGCCCUCAACCAACCAAUCUCGGGUACGAGGGCUCCCCAACGACUGCUUUUGGGACUCCAGGCGCAUCCAAAUCGAUAGCCGGCCCUCCUCGUGCGACAAAGUCCAAGGCAGUCACCAGCACAAAGAUUGGUCCUCAGGCCGUCCUUGGCAAGCGGAGACGGGAUGCCUCAGCCAUCUACGACAAGGUCACGGAGCCUUACAGAUACGUGAAUGGCUUCCACAGGCUCAUCGCUUCGAUUCAGUCGCGCUUUUCGCAAGCCAACACCUUGCGUAUUGCCAAGUCACUAUCCAGCAUUCGCCCGUCCUUCAUCUCGUGUACGAAAACACUGGACAGCCAAGACCUGGUAUUCAUGGAGAAAUGCUUCCAGCGCAGCCUCUUUGAAUACGAAGACUUUAUGCUGCAGUCAUCCAGCCCUGCCAUAGUGUGCAGGCGAACAGGCGAAAUCGCAGCCGUCAACAAGGAAUUCACUGCUCUGACGGGGUGGUCCAAGGAGGUGCUGUUGGGCAAGGAGCCGAACCUGAACGUCAACACCGGCUUCACCUCGGGCACGGUCAGCAACGAUGGGUCUGGCCGUGCUGGCCUUUCUACCCCUAGACUGAAGAGCCUCAAUGCCGAGACCAUCAAAGCCAGUGAAGGAAAGCCACAGCCUCUGUUUAUUGCCGAGCUGAUGGAUGAUGAAAGCGUCGUGGAGUUCUACGAAGAUUACGCGCAGCUCGCCUUUGGUGACAGUCGAGGAUCAGUGCGUCGCAAGUGUCGACUGCUCAAGUACCGUACCCAAGAGUUGCUUGGCACUACUCCCGGCGACAAUGGUGUUGACGAGUCGCCUCAAAAAAUACGGGCCGGCAUAUUGAGCAAUAGAGUUGCAAGGAUAGAUGGCGAGCACGGCAUUUCCAAGAUUGCCCGCGGAGGCAAGCUGGAAUGCACCUACUGCUGGCAUAUACGGAGGGACACCUUUGAUAUACCCAUGAUGAUUGUAAUGAAUUUCUUACCUUGCUACUACCCGAACCAAGAACCGCACCAGCUCGCGGUCUAG